GUUAUUUCUGUGCCCUGGGGCCUGGUGCUUAUGGCCAUGUGAGUGCCCGGCGGAACACGUGUAAUGUACCGGGGGUGGAGCCAGGAGGGCAAUACGGGGAGCUCACAGUAGCAGGUCUGUCUGUAGAAAGGAAGGAGAUCUAUUGCUAGAGUGUGUGACUAAUAGUUCUAUAUUAAGCAUGAAGAAUACAGAGAAUAUCUUGACCUCAGAAAACAAUAUGGCGACUCCAUGGGAGCGGUUUGAGUUUGAUGAAGUUGCCGUUUACUUCUACAAGGAGGAGUGGGAUUGUCUAAAGGAGAAGGAACUCUAUAGGAAUGUAACAAUGGAUAAUUAUCAGAUGCUCCGAUCGCUGGGUUGUGUUAAUAUGAAGCCGGCAGUCAUAGCGAUGAUUGAACGAGGAGAAGAACCAUAUGUCAGAGGUUAUGAGCAGCCCCAGAAAACAAAUCCUAAAAGAACCACAAAAGGAAACGGGAUCACUGAUCCAAUAUUGUUGUCAGCCAUCCCCUUCACUGGAGGCCAUGAUCGGGGGUGGGAACUGCGAUGGGGUCGAAAUGUAUCCCCAUCCUACGCAAAUCUUUUUAUGGCACAGUUUGAAACGGAAGAAACCGAUGCCUUCAGGGAUACUAGAGUGAAACCCUACAGGAGAUAUAUAGACGAUUUGCUAGUCAUAUGGGUGCGCUUCAAGAUGACUUGUAGUACUAUAAGCAUUGAUUUUCUGGAUCUUAGAAUCUACAAAGAUGGCAUGCAAUUAUGUACAACCUUGUUCCAGAAAGAAACGGACAGAAACUCGUUACUGGAUGUUACAAGUUGCCACCCUCCAAGUUUAAAGAAGGCCUUGCCCAAGUCGCAAUUUAAGCGAGUGGUGCGGAACAACACGGAUGAGCGAAACAAGGAACAACAAUUGGUGGCCAUGCAGAGUAAAUUUGAGGAGCGUGGCUAUGGCUCUGCGCAGUUGGGGCAAACAUGGACUGAUUCAUUAUCCAUGACCCAGGAACAGGUAUUGACUAAGGUGGACAAGGAAAUAACGAGCCAGAGAAUGAUUUUCAAGACGGUAUUCUCCCCUGAGAAGUUGGAAUUUUCAAAAACCCUGAGAGAGCACUGGGACAUCCUAUCCACUGACAGCUUUUUUCCUUUCACCGCAAUGGAAACACCUAUGGUGGGAUUCAGGAGGGGAAGAUCUUUGAAAGACGGCCUACUGAGGCCGGACAAAUGUGAUAGUUACAUGCCAACUACCUGGUUAAGUACCCCAAAAAAGGGUUGCUUCCGAUGCAGUGGUUGCAUUUCCUGCGGUGGCUUAACACAGGGCAAUGUUUUCACACACCCUUGGUCCAACCAAAAGUUCUACAUUCGGCAUAGGGUCACUUGCACUACCACAUUUAUUGUGAAUCUGCUUCACUGUCCGUGUGGCAGGUUUUAUGUGGUUAAGACCCAAGAUGACCUAAGGACGAGAAUGGCUAACCACCGGUCGGCGAUACGUAAGGCCAUCAAAUGUGGUCCUGGUCGGCUCUACGUAUGGCCGUUUGCGCAUGCACAGUUGCGCGUCACUGAUGCUGUUGAGUCCGACAACGCCAUUACACGGUGGAGGGUUUGGGUGUUAAAUGAAGGUUCCAAUUACCGAAAAAUCUAUGAAGACCAUCACGUUUCCUUUAGUGCAACCAAUUCUUUGAUGGAAGACAUCCGUUUUCUCAAGCAUAGUCAAGACACAAGUAACAUUAACAUAAAUAAUGCUCCAAAGGUUAUGAACUUUGAGAAUGCGAGAACAGAAAAUAUGACCAAUAAGGGGUGUUUCCAGAAAACGGCUCUAGCAAAGGAAAUUAAUAAAAAGAUAUCUGCAACGGUGCAUAAGUGCCGAGCUUGUGAUGAAUGUUUUACUGAUAAAUCACUUUAUUUGUCUCACAAACUAACGCAUGCCAAAAACAGACAGUAUAACUGUUCAGACUGUCCGGAAUAUUUUAAUUGCAAAUCAGACCUUGUUAAACACCAGGCAAUUCACAAAGUAGCGAAUAAUGUAUCUUGUUCUGAAUGUAGCAAACGUUUUAACUGUAAAUCAGCUCUUAUAAGCCACCAGAGGAUUCAUACAGGAGAGAAACCAUUUGAAUGUCCUGAAUGCAAAAUGUGUUUUAGCCAACCGGCUAUGCUUAAAAGUCAUAUUAUGAUACAUACUGGAGAGAAGCCUUUUACAUGUCUUGAAUGCAAAAUGUGUUUUAGACAACUGGCUAUGCUUAAACAGCAUAUUAUGAUACAUACUGGAGAGAAACCUUUUACAUGUGCUGAAUGCAACAAGGGAUUUAUACGAAAGACAAUGCUUAUUAGACAUCAGAAGGUUCACACAGGAGAAAAGGAGUUUGUUUGCUCAGAAUGUGGAAAUAGAUUCUCUGAAAAGGCAAAGCUUUUAAGACACCAAAGGCUUCAUACAGGAGAGAAUCCAUUUGUUUGCCCUGAGUGUGGGAAAUGUUUUAGAUGGAAUUACCAGCUUAAUAAUCAUCAACUUUGUCAUAUUAGAAAAUUUGCUUGUCCUGAUUAAACAUGAAACGAUUCACUUAAAGAAG